UUCCCGGAACGUCUGUACCUGCGCGUUACUGCUUCCCCGGAGUUCGGAGACGAAAGGGUGGCCGGAGCGACUGCAGGACUUGGACCGAGGGGAGUUCAGGGAGAAAAGCGGAGACUGGCUUGUGGAUUUAAUGGAUCGAAGAUUGCUGUCCAAGAGCCGCAGAUAAUGGUCACCUUCCAGGGAUCAAUGACAUUCCAGGAUGUGACUGUGGACUUCACCCCAGACGAGUGGCAACUGCUUGAUCCUACUCAGAGGAACCUGUAUUGGGAUGUGAUGUUGGAAAACUAUAGAAAUCUUGUCUCAGUAGGGUGCCCAGUUUCCAAUUCAAAAAUGAUCCUCAAGUUGGAGAAAGGACAAGAGCCAUGGAUGGAGGAGGGAGAAGACCCACUCUGGAGUGAUCCAGAAGCCGACUUCCUACAUGUUGAUGAACCAGAGAAGCACCAAGAAAGCAAAGACAGUUUGUUGAACUCCGUUUCAUUUGCAGUCAAUGAAAUCUUACCUACGGAGAGACUCCAUCAUUAUAAUGUGAGCCCAAGUUUUAAUCCUACGAGACAAAAACCCUAUCAGUGUAAAUCCUAUGGAAAGAGUUUGCAGCCUAAUGUAAACUUACUUAAUUACAAUAAGAGUUAUAAGGAAGAAAACAGUCAUGAGUGCAAAGACUGUGGAAAAGCCUAUAGUAGGAAGACAUACCUGGAAAUGCAUCAGAAAAUUCAUACCGGAGAGAAACUUUUUGUUUGCAAUGAUUGUGGGAAAUCCUUUAUACGUAAAUUUCAACUCAUGGUCCACCAGAGACUUCACACUGGAGAGAAGCCUUAUGAAUGCAGUGAGUGUGGGAAAACGUUCUCUUGGCAUUCCUCCUUUACUCAGCAUGUCAAAUCCCACACCCUCGAGAACGCCUUUGAGUGUAAGGAAUGUGGGAAAACCUUCAGGUACAGUUCAUCUCUGUAUAAGCAUUCUCGAUUUCACACAGGAGAGAAACCCUACCAGUGUGUUGUAUGUGGCAAAGCUUUUGGCAACAGAUCAGUGCUUGUUACACAUCAAAGAAUUCAUACAGGAGAGAAACCCCAUGUAUGUAUUAAGUGUGGCAAAGCCUUCAUCAAGAAGUCUCAUCUCCUUAGACAUCAGACAACUCACACAGGAGAGAAGCCCUAUGAAUGUAACAGAUGCGGGAAAGCCUUUUCCCAGAGGUCAAAUCUUACUGCACACCAGAGAACUCAUAGAUAACAUGCACUUUCUAAAUAGGGAGGUCUGAAGUUAAGUCUUAAUAGAGAACAUAUAGUGAGGAGUUGUUUUCUAUGUAUGUAAAACACUAAAACGUUUUUGAGUUUAAGAUUAAUUUAAAAAAGUAAUUGAAGAUUGUUGAUGGCAACAUUUGUACAU